AUGGCUCUCGUCGAACAGAAGAAGCCCGGUACCUACUUGACUUCAAGAAAGCGCCCUGCCGCCGAUGGACCAGACGCCGAAGAACCGGCAGCAGUAGACGUCGAUGCCAUUGACUUGGACGGAGCAAUCGUAGAUGCUAGUUGCGAUCAAGUCCGAAAGAAGAUUCGCCGCUAUCUUGAUAGCGGAGAGAAGGUCGGAGAGUUCUGCGACAAGAUCAGCGUCACCAACCACAGCCUCAACACGUUCCUCGGUCAGAAUGGAGCCAUGAAAGGUGCGGGAAGCAAGACGUACAUGCAAGCAUGGGAGUUCUUCAAGAAACGCGAGCUGGCCGGCGUCAAAGAGCCGACAGUGUCCUCGAAGAAGCGGAAGUCCAAUGAUGCAGCAAGCAAGGCAAGCGAAAAGAUUGAUCUGAGCGACAUCCGCCUUCCGGAAGAGGAGCAGGGUCGUCGCGUAGCCGUGUACGAUACUUGCGGCGAGAUAAGGAAAAAAAUCAGCACUCAUUUCACCAAGACUGGCACAUCGCAAGCACAGUUCUGUCGAGAUCUCAUGGAGCAGUCCGAUGGACGCAAGAUCACCCUCGGACAAGUGCAGAAUUUCCGUUCCUUGAGUGGACCAACCAUUGGAAACACGAACAUUGUCUUCUACGCGGCCUAUGUGUUCUUUGAGAAGCUUCGGAUCAAGGAAGACAGGAAGAAGAGCAAGCAUCGUUUGGAGAUGGAGAAGAUCUAUCCCGAUGGCUUCGAGAUCGAGCGAAAGAGGGAUGGAAGGUGA